AUGGCACUGGCAGCCGCCACCGUUCCGCGCGCGCUGCUGGCCGUGUCCCUCGUCCUCCUGGUGGCCGGCGGCCUCGGGCCGGCGGCGGAGGCGCAGCGGCCGGGGGAGUGCGUGCCGCAGCUGAACCGGCUGCUGGCGUGCCGCGCCUACCUGGUGCCCGGCGCGGCCGACCCCAGCGCCGAGUGCUGCGGCGCGCUCAGCUCCAUCUCGCGCGACUGCGCCUGCAGCACCAUGGGCAUCAUCAACAGCCUCCCCUCCCGCUGCAACAUCGGACAAGUCAACUGCUCGGCUUGAGGCAAAACGAAGAAACGAUGCAAGCAAGUUACAGAGUAAACUACGGAGUAAUAACCAAGGUGGUCAUUUAUGCCGUCGUUGCGGCGUGUCUGCCUCCACACGGCCGUCUCAGU